CCCCUUCCCUCACUCACUCAUCACUCGGCAGUACCUCUGUCUAUAAAACCCAAGGGAAGCCCAGAAGUAUAGCAUCUCCAUGCACUACCCACCAUCACCACGAUGAACGCCUUCUACUCCUCCAUGGCGCACGGCCUCGACGCCCUCCACCGCAGCCUCGCCUCCCCGCCGCACGCCUUCCUCUCCGCGGCCUUCCUCCAGCAGGCCGCCGCGCUGCUCCGCUCCCUGCACUCGCAGCUCCUCCACCUCGUGCAGCGCCUCCACCUGCCGCCCGGCGAGAGCUGGCUGGACGAGUACAUGGACGAGACCUCCCGCCUCUGGGACGCCUGCCAGCUCGUCCGCGCCGGCGCCUCCGCCCUCGACGCCUACUGCGCCUCCGCCGCCCGCAUUGCCGCCGCGCUCCACGACUGGCUCUGCAGCCCCAACCCGCACGCCGCCCGCCAGGUCCAGCGGGCCGUCAACGCGCCGCGACGCCACGCCGUCGGCCUCGAGCAGGAGAACCGCGCCCUCGCCGACGCCAGGCUCGACCCCUCCUCCCUGAUGCUCGACGAUCGCUCCCCGCUCGAGUUCAAGCUCAACGCCUUCAACGGCUUCCGCGGCGUGCUCUACGCGCUGCGCAACGCCAGCUCCUUCCUCCUCAUGCUCCUCGUCUCCGGCACCGUCUCCUGCCUCCCGGACCUCGCGCGCACCAGCACCAGCUGUGCCGCUCACCCGUUCCGCACCUCGGGCGCCGGCUACGUCUCCUCCAUGGGCCGCCUGCGCCAGCGCGUCGCCGAGGAGAUGGAGGCAGCCGGCGACCACUCCGGGAUCAUGAUGUACGAGUUCCGGCAGGUCAGGGCCGGCAUUGAGAGCCUCAAGGCAGAGUUCGACAGAGUCGUCGCCAUGGGAUACGGUGACCCCGAGGAGAUUGGCGACAGCCUCGGCGAGAGAGUGGAGAUCGUCAAUGGCUGGGUGGGGAUGCUGAGGUCGGGUGCUGAGAGUGUCGUCGGUGAAUUAGAUGACUUCUUUGAUGAGAUCGUGGAGGGCAGGAAGAUGCUCUCAGACCUCUGCAGCCAUCGCUGAAACAAACAAACUCCAGUUCGUUCGCAGUUCAGUUGACAGAGCAUGCAGGAGCAGGAUGCAUGCUGGUAGUGGUUCUAUGGUAGAUAGAAGAAGGCUAACAAA